AAACGAUAAUAAACAUGGCGGGCAAAUUCUCGAGUGUACUGUGGCUAUAUUGUAUUCUUUUUGUCAUCCCUGUGUGCUAUCCUGCCGAAGAUAGUGGAAUUUUACCUGAAAGUGACGUUAUAAAAGGUAGUUUUAAUAAGAAUGGAUUUCACAGGGGGCGAGAUAAUUCCGUGGCAUGUUUUAGCUACUGCAGAGGUAAUUAAGAUAAUCGCAAAUUCUUAAUCGCUAACCCUCAUUCUAAACUUUCUUUUACAGCUGACGUCGAAGAGAGCUCUGCUCCAGUGGACAUUAAUAACACAAUGUUAGAGGAAGCAAUCCAAACAAUGAACAAAACGACCAUCGCAGAUGUGAAUAAUGGAACCAUUUCCGAAGAAAACUCUUCGCAAAUUGAAAACGCCUCAGAAGUUGUCAACACCACCAAUUCAACUAGUGCGAGUUCCGAAUUGCCAAAAUACUUCUGUAAGGGCCGGAAUAACUCACUAGGCAACGGUUCUGUUGAGCAGAGGGUGGUAAUCGUUAAGGCAGAUGAGCUGAUGCAGUGGAUUAACACGACAGAGGACAAUGAAACCGAUUCUUGUGCAGUUGUGCUGUUUUAUACUGAGUAUUGCCCAUUCUGUGCAAAGCUUGCUCCACUGUAUAAUGCUCUGGGCAGAGUUUACAACAAUCUUCCUGUUCUGGCAGUAGAUGCUUAUAAGCAGCAUAGGUAAGGGACCUUAACAGUCUGUUCCUUUAGUAAUGAAAAUUAUUGGAUGGUGCUGGGCAUGAUAUGAAGAAUUACAAUCAAACCUGCAUUUAUAAGUGGUCACCCCGUCUGCAGGGUAUAGCAGAACUCGACAAGAUCUUGCGUGUGCAAGACCGUUUUUAGGCCCUUAUUGCUUAUAUAUUUUUAAAAAACACUCGUGCGUGCACCUGCCAUACUCUGCAGACUGGGUGGUCACCCUGGGGGAAUGACCAACUGACUAACCAAAGAAUUGAUCAAGAAAAUAGAUGGUUGUAAGCGUAGUAUCCAUAACAUAAUAAGUUGACCUCAAAUUGUUUCUGCCUGUUCUUGUGCCUAAAGAAAGGGAGUAAAUGAUCGCUGAAUGCAAUGCUCAGGGUUUCUACUGCACUUGUGUUUUUGUUUGCAAAGUGACUGUUUAAUAGAUGUGAAAACAUUAAAAGGCAACUCAUUGGAACCAUGGGAAAGGUGACUGCUUAAUACAGCAAUUAAGGAAAAAGAUUUUCAGGACUUAACCCUUUAAGUCCCAAUAGUGUCCAAGAUCAAUUUUCUCGUAACAAUAUCCAUACAUUGUCAAGAGAUUAGGUUAUGAGAAUUAAUAAAAUGAUCAGCAAAGAGAAAAUGCCUUUAUCUCUUAUCAGAUUCACUCAACUACAGUAAUUCUUUAAUGAAAUGUAUGCAGAUCAGUUUGGAGAAUUUGUAUGUGGAUCUUGGGGUUUAAAGGGUUAAGAAAGUACCACUCCCUUAAGAGGAGGGGUGACCACUUAAUGCAGAUCCUUGUUAUUAUGCCGGUUUGACUGUAUGUAGGUCCUGACAGAUUUCUUUAAAAAGCAGUUUUUGUCGUUCAAGUCAUAAUUUUGUCUACUCGUGCUUAAAGCAGUAAUUUAUUUUGGCUAUUGUAUCUUUUUUUUGCUUUCUUUUAUUUAUUUAUUUUAACACCAACAACAAAUUAAAUACAAGUAAAAAGUGACUAAAGUAAAAAAAAAAACACGCACACACCCAGAAAGCAUCAAUUGAGAGGAGAGCAGCAGGCGAAAAGCAAAUAGCAAAGUUAAUACAUCUUGUCUGUUUUUCCUUUUUCUCUCCCUGCUCUUUCGUUUUUCCUUGGGUAAAAGGGCACAGUCAAAACAAAACAAAACAAAAAAGAGAUGUAGAGAAGAUAUAUAUAUUUAAUUAUGUUUUGGAGACUCAGGCAAAAGGCUUUUAUCUUGUAUGCAAACUUUUGAAAUCUUCCACAAUUUCCUCACCAAAACAGCUGAUCCACCCAUGCUGCUGUGCUUGCAUUAGGUGAUACGGGUGGGUCUACUGUUAUGUUUAUUGCACAUCAAUAUUGUGAAAUAAUUGCAAACAUCUUCCAAAUUUGGUCAGUGCUAGACCCAGCUGGUUAUAAAGAAUUAGGCGCAAGAUCCAAGAAAAAUAUUUAUUUUGAAUAAGGUUAGGUAUUAUCCUAAAGUGUGAUGGAAAUUUAUCAGUCAGUUUUCUUCGCAAGCAAUUUGCCUGAAAACGCUUGUAGAAGGGUUUCUAGUACAUUUCUUUUUCUUCAUUUCUCUUAUUCCAACUAAAGUUACCCUUCAAUCCAUCUGGCUCUUUUCAUUAGCUACAGUGAAUUCUCAGUGCUGAGCAUUGGUUUGGCUCCCUUUUAUGGCUCUGUAUUCUUGUACACAAUGCCAGAGGCAUACACGAAGGAGCCAUAGCAGCACAAGUUCAUGCUGGUUGCUGUAUACUACCAGAGAAAGAAUUUCAUUCCUGUGAAAUUAAAUCUUCCGACAGUGUCUUGUAAAUGCAGAACAACCACUCAUUUUGGCAUAAAAUCAGUCUCCUUGUGGAGUGGAUUAGAUAGCUGGUUAUUUUCAUCCAUUCAGUAUGGCAUUGCCGUAUUGGACCAUGGACUAGGAGAAAACUUUUAAACAAAUGCUGCUAUGAGGGUGACCUGGCUAGGAGGGUCACCCCCUCUAGUGGAACCAACUUCUUAUUUCUCAUUUAAAGAGUUUGCGAAGUUUUUUUUUAACCCAUUCAAAAUUUUGCCAAAAAAUGCGUUUUGAAGCUACUCAAGUGAUGUUCUGGUCACUGUUGUGCCAUAACGGUAGCUUAAAGACUUACCAUAAGGCUAUUUACAUGUCGUACACAGCCUUCUGAUCCAGAUACAAAAUAUUAGCUUGCAAAGUUUGGGCAUGCACCGAAAGCAAAAUUUUGAGAGUUUUAAAGUGAGAAAGGAGUCUUGACUUUUACUCCUUUACUUUCUCUCCUCCCUUCCUUUUUUUACUUUUCUUACCUCAUUUUCUUUCUUUUGAGCACUGGGCAUUUAGUAGGCUUAAUUUUGGUGGGCAAAGUUUUUUGGAAAGCUUUUAGGAUCUUAGAAAAAAAUUAAUCAAAAGAAAAGGUAAGUGGGAAGUGAAGCAAGAUUUUCAUGAAAUUUUUCUGGUCAAUGUUACAAGGUUUUUUUGCCUUUUUCUUCUUUUGUCCUUGACUGAGUUGUGUUCAUUCUGGUAUGAUUUGAAAGAUCUCUUCACUCUGCACAAGGUAGCAGACAAAGUUGUCCUUGACCAUUAAAACUGAUGAUGUCACAAGCAGUAGAAGGGAUGUGGGUUGCUCAGGGGUGAAUGGCUUAAGGAAACAUAUGAAAAUUUGGCUAACACAGGGUAGCCAGGGUAGGCAUGUGACCCUUCUACCCUGGAAAAGUUAGAACAGCUCAAACCAAGUGACUCAAAAUACAUAGGCUGUGCAGAAUAAUGAGGCCAAGGGUCGAGGCAAAGUCUUAUACAGGAUUCACUGUAAUUUAAACUGUAUAAUGAAAGAGUUCACAGUACAUGUAAGUUGAUCUUAGGUCCUGCCAUUCUUGUUAUCUUUUCAGCUUAAAUACUCGAUUUGGAAUUGUUGCUGUGCCUACCAUUCUGUUAUUUCAUACAGGGAAGCCUGUUUUGAAAUUCAACAGUUCAGUUUCCUUGGAUGAUAUGAGGAACUUUAUCAAGAAUAACACAGGUAUGAUUUUUAUGGUUCUUAACAAUUUUGUACAUUAUUAUUUAACAUUUGUAAAUUUAUAUUGCCAAUAAGGUAGUUUCCCAGUGGUGUGCUUUAAAAGUUUAUAGACCUUAAAUCAAAGUUCCUUUUGUUGUAGGUGUUGAGGGAAAUUUCACUCUACAGAUAUCUGAGGAAGAUUACCUUGGUCCACUAAAAAACAAACCAGUUGAUGAAACGGAUUAUUAUUUGCUACUCUCUGUGCUCUUUCUGUUGACAUUUGGGGUUUUCAUGUUUGGAAAAUCUAGUUACAGGCAGCUACUGUUGGAUAGGAUUCAAGCGAUCAACUGGCAGAGAUUUUUUCAUUGGUUCAGCAGAGAGAAACAGGAGUAGGCCUUUUGUUUUUGCUUUACAAAUAUAUCAGAGUAGAAUAACUUGUUAUGUCUGAGACAGACAAGGGUUUCAGACAGCAUCAAAAUUAAUGUUGACUCCAUCUUUGAAAGUGGAUCAUAUCUGGUGAGUGGCAAUCCUAGAAAACUGCUCUGCAAUGGCUCUCCAGCUGUCUGGCUGUAAUGUAUUCCUUCAUGGCAUAGGAAAAAGUUCCUUUUUUGGCUCUGCACCUUCUUAAAGGAGCUGUGUCAUGAAAUUUAACAAAAUUCAAACAGUGGGUACUGCUACCAAACUGAGUAAAACAUAAAAAUAACUGCUCAAAACAUGAAAAGAAAGUAUAAGUAACACAGUAAACACCAAAGGAGCCAAGGAUGGACAAACUUAAGGAAGACUGAAACCAAUAAAUGUAGUACGUUGUACUGUAUUUGAGGACUUUGAGAACUUGUUAGCCUAAUGGUUUUUCAAAGUUCCUUUUUUUCGUUUCUAAUUUUAAAUAUAAUGGUUUUGAGACAUGUUUUGUAUGACAUGAGGCUGUAAUUUUGUGAUUCACAAAUAAUUCCUCCACUUCCUUAACAAAUAAGGAUGCUUAAUUGGCAUUAUUAUUAAACCAAAUGAACUACAGCUGUAAACAGCCGUGUCACAGACCCUUCAUUAAAUUAUUUCGGAUCAAUAAUUGAGGGAACUGGGAAACUGCCCACCUACCCCUUCCUAAGCCAACAUUUUGCC